AUGCACGCAUUCCGUCAUUCAUCCACCCCCUCCUCUACAACAGCUGCCCCAAAGGAACAGGGUGAAGAAGAAGAGGGGGAGAGUAGCAAGUCGAUGACCAUGGGAGAAAAAUGCGAUAAGGAGAAGGAGAAGAAUAGCACGGAGGAGGACAAGGAGGGAAAUGAUGAUGGCAAGGAGGAUGAGAAGGAGGAAGAGGUGUAUAGUACAGACAAGGAGGAAGAGGGAGACAAAGGAAAAAAAGAAGAGAAUGGUGGAGAAGAGGAGAGUGAGAGCAAGAGACCGAUCAAGAGGGUGGAGUGGGAGAAGCAGGCUCUGAGGUUUGAGAUGAUGUUCAAGGUGAAUGAGGUGGAGCCGUUCCAUGUGUUGGUAGAGGAUAAGGCAGGAACUAUGUGGAGGGAGUCUCAAGAGAACGUGAAGUCCGUGAAGUUCAAGGUAGUGUUCUUGAGGGUGUUGGUGGAGGGGAGUGCGGGAGCAUCUUGGAUGCGGUUGAUAGAUAAGGACGACCCAGGGUUGGAAGGUUCUCAGUCUCCCUUUCUUUCUCCUGCUCCUUCCUGUUCUACUGCCCCCAUCUCCUCGCUCACGGCCAUGAAGGCCCAUCCUUCCAAGAUCCUACCUUCCUCCUACUCCUUGAUGGCGUGCAGCUGCCUUCUCCUCCUCCCCGCCUCGUCUUGCUCUUGA